AUGGGUACCUCCGAAGACCCUCUCGCUGUUGUGGACUCUCAACGCCGCGUUUUCGGUACCUCGAAGCUUCGCGUUGUCGACGCUGAGGCCUUCCCAUUCCUUCCACCUGGGCAUCCCCAAGCUACAGUUUAUGCACUGGCAGAGAAGAUCGCGGCGGACAUCAUCGGGAAUUAG